GAAAACACUAGUACUACAAUAUAGUGCGUUUCCGAAGAGAGUUAAACGGAAAACACAGCUCUCUCUCUAGGGUUUAUCUUUUGCUCUAAUCUGAAAGGAGCCAAGUUGAAAUUAGAAAAAUGGGUGAGACUGGGAAGCGAUACCGUGGGCAGAGGGACUAUGAUGGGGACAAGAAUCAGAAGAGACGGAUGAAUGACAAAGAUGAAAGGGGGAAUGAUGAAGUGGUUGUUUAUAGAAUACUUUGCCCAGAUGGGGUCAUUGGUAGUGUUAUUGGCAAGAGUGGGAAAGUCAUAAAUUCUAUUAGGCAAGAGACGAGGGCAAAAGUUAAGGUUGUGGAUCCAUAUCCAGGUGCUAAGGACCGUGUCAUAACAAUCUACUGCUAUAUUAAGGAAAAGGCGGAGGUUGAAAUUGAUGAUGAGUUCAGUAACAGGGAACCUUUAUGUGCUGCUCAGGAUGCUCUUCUCAGAGUUCAUGCUGCCAUUGCAAAUGCUGUGGCUUCCAUUGGAGAUUCUGACAAGAAGCGGAAGGAUAGGGAGGAAUGUCAAAUUCUUGUUCCAUCUAGCCAAUCUGCAAAUAUCAUUGGUAAGGCUGGGGCAACAAUAAAAAAACUGAGAGGUAAGACGAGGACAAAUAUUAAGGUCACGGCCAAGGAUGCCACUGACCCGACUCACUCCUGUGCUUUGGACUUCGACAAUUUUCUAAUGAUUGCUGGUGAACCAGAGGCAGUGAAGAAAGCGCUGUUUGCAGUUUCUGCAAUUAUGUACAAGUUCACUCCUAGAGAAGAGAUUCCUCUUGAGACGACUGUACAAGAAGCUCCUCCAAGUCUUAUCAUUCCAUCAGAUGUCCCUAUUUAUCCAUCAGGUGGAUUGUUUCCAAGUGCAGAUGCUAUCACCGCUAGAUCUGUUCCUCCAAUCAUAGCUGCAUCAAAUGUACAGGAUCUCCCUGUUUAUGCUGAAACAGGGAAUACAUGGCCCCUUUAUUCAUCUACUCUUCCUAUGAUGUCUGGGUUCAGCAGUGCCUCACGAUCUGAGGAGUUAAUUGUAAGAGUAUUGUGUCCCUUUGACAAGAUCGGGCGUGUCAUUGGCAAGGGAGGUGGUACAAUUAAAAGUAUAAGGCAGGCUAGUGGUGCUCGUAUUGAGGUUGAUGAUACCAAGGAGGAUCGUGAUGAGUGUAUCAUCACAAUUACGGCAACAGAGUCUCCCGAUGAUCUGAAAUCCAUGGCAGUUGAAGCUGUUCUGUUGCUUCAAGGGAAGAUUAGUGAUGAAGAAGAUGACACUGUUUCAAUUAGACUCCUUGUUCCAUCUAAGGUUAUUGGGUGUAUCAUUGGAAAAAGUGGCUCUAUUAUAAAUGAGAUCCGUAAGAGAACCAAAGCUGAUGUCCGAAUCUCGAAAGGUGAUAAGCCUAAGUGUGCUGAUGGAAACGAUGAACUUGUGGAGGUGCUUGGAGAAGUUGGUAGUGUUAGAGAUGCACUUAUCCAGAUUGUUUUAAGGCUUCGUGAUGAUGUUUUGAGAGAUAGAGAUGCUGGCCAUAACCCUAGUGUCGGUGCUGAUUCCUUGUUCUCAGCUGGCACUGGUCUUUCAGUUCCAUCUGUCCUGCCUUCUGUUCCCCCUGUUGGUUCUUUGGGUUAUGAUCAGAGGGUCGAAAGUGGAAGUGGACUGGGAAUUCUUUCUUCAAGUGGCCUCUAUGGAUAUGGAUCUUUGUCGAUGGGUGAAAAUGGCUAUGGAUCCUUGCCCACAUAUUCAUCCAAGCUGUAUGGAGGGUUGCCUCCCCCUUCAACACUUGAGAUUUUGGUCCCUGCCAAUGCAGUGGGUAAAGUGAUGGGUAAGGGAGGGGCCAAUAUAGCAAACCUUCGGAAGAUAUCAGGUGCAAUGAUAGAGAUUUCUGAUUCCAAAUCUUCCCGUGGUGAUCGUAUUGCUCUUAUAUCAGGCACACCUGAACAGAAGCGUGCAGCUGAAAACUUGAUUCAGGCAUUUAUAAUGGCCACCUGAGUUUUAAGGACGCAUCUAGAUGUUGAAGGUGAAUAGUUAUAAUCUUGGAAUUCUUUCCCUUAUGGUUCCUCUCCUUAGUUCCUUUAGGUUUGGUUCUGGAGAGGGCUUCUUUUCUAGGCUUCUUCAACUGGAAUCCUCCUGUUCUUCCAUGGCAGUGACUAUCAAGAUUGUGCAGGAAGAUCUGGUGGUGGUUUUAUGUUUAACCGUAUAGGCUUCCAUCUGUCAAUCUAUUCUCCAUCUGCAGUAUCUUAGAACUAUUAGGACCUUUCUUUCUUUCCUUUCGUUUUAUAUAAUCUGGUCAUGUCUUUGACUAAUGUGGAGUCCCUCUUAUUUCCAAUGCUGUCAUACUCUAUAAAAUUGAUGUUCAUGCCCAAAAAUGUUUUCAAGGAUGACCAUAAUUUUCAAACUUUUAAUAUAUGUGUUGCUUUUCUGGCCAUUCAACAUCUCACUCUCAGCUUCUUGCUAGAAGAAUCUUUUCUAUCGGUGACAAGUGCAGUGCUGCGGUGAUGAUACCUUAUUUCAAUAUUCUCCUUGGUUUACAUUUAUAGAGUGGUGGGAAAAGAGGCUCAACUUCUGCAAUUAAAUAAAAUACAUGAUAUACUCUCUCCCUCUGUGCAUAAUUCUAUAUUGUGCCUUAUCCUAGGUUUAUGAUAGUUUGUUGCAAAGCUAAAUCAAGAAAUCAUCGUUUCUCAAGUAUAUAUAUUAUUUCUGGGCUUCUCUACAUGCUCUAUGACAUUUAGUGCAGUAAAUUUCAUAUCACAUCUGAAAAGUCGGCAUAUGCUUUGUAUCUGAAAAGCCUAUAAGAUAUAAUUUUUGGAAUUAUAUCUCCUCAACGUGUUAUAUGCGUUCCACCUUCUGGUCUACAUUUGAUACAUAUCUCAAGAUCACAACUAUUAGUACCCUGCUGGCUCUUAUUACUCUCCUUUCAAAGAUAAUUCUGUACUUCUCCUUGGUCCUGACUAAGGGAAAAGAUGUUCAGCUUAAGUGGCUAUUGGAUUUUUCAUAGUUGCCAAACCUAUCCGUUAAUCAUCAUCUCCUCUGACUGAGGAAUAUUUUGGCAUUUCAAAAAUACAUCUAAGCUUUAGUAUUAGGGUUAACUUAGUUCUGGAAAUGAGCCAUGCGUUGAUAGAUUCUUAUUUUUACAAAGCAAAAUGAUAUUGUCACUACUUUUUUUUUUUGGGGGGGGGGGGGUGUGGGGGGAUCUUUUUGCAAAGGCAAACUACGCCAUUUUAUUGAGUUUGCUUUCUAGGAUAUAGUCUGGUUGUCUAUCCAUUUUUAUUGAAUUUGUGUUGACAAUAUUCUUAUUUUUACAAAGCAAAAUGAUAUUAUGUCACUAUAUAAAUAUAUUGUGUUUUGGGGAUCUCUUUGCAAAGGCAAACUACUCUGUUUUUAUUGAGUUUACUUUCUAGGAUAUAGUCUGGUUGUCCAUCCUGAUCUGCCAAGAGCCUUUAGCUCAACACCUCCAAAUAUUUUCAAUGGAAAUCUUCAGGUUUCAAAUACCCCCUCCCUUGUUAUAACCUAUUGAAUUAUCAAAAAGGUUAAUCCCAAUCAUAUUGUAGUAUGCAAAUUUUCAUAAUUGUCGUAGUAAACUAGCAUCUCUGUUGUUGAGGCUGCCUUCCGAGUGUCGACUGCACUUUCUCUCAUGUUCCCAUGCUAUCUUUUUUGGUUGAAACUAUCAUGUCCAACCUUUUUAAUUAUCUGUCUUGCAAAAGGGUCUAUGGCAUCUUAUCUGUUGGAAUUUCUGGUUCAUGGUGUAGAUAAAUCAUUUUGUUUUCAUGAUGUUGUACAUGGCUCUGCUUCCUUAGCAUCUGAUUGAUGGCAUAUGCGGACAAUCCAGUCAAAAACUAUCAUUCCUGCUUCAAUCUUUGUUAAUGAAAACCCCAAUAUAGGAUACAAAAAUUUCAUUGUGCCUUGCACUAUUUAUAGGAUUCUUAGCCAACCUAGAUGAGCAGAAAAUAUAUCCUUGAUAUAUUGUUGAUCUUUCUCCUACUAUUUCUCUUGUGAAUUUCUAUGUUUUCUGUGCUAUAAAUUCCAAUUGAUUUCAUCAUUGUGGUUGUCCGGAUGACCAAUUAAGUUGGUGUGUGUGGUAAUCACUGAGGAUUUGGUGUUACGGCAGCACAUUGUAACAUUGGUGUUAGUGGAUAUCUGAAUUGAUGUUCCCCCAGUGAUGUUAUGCAUGGUGGUGAAAUUGUUGGAAGGUGUAUAUGUUAUGAUUAGCAGUGUAGUACUGAAUUACAUGUCUUUACGCUUGUAAACAGUGCUAUAAAUUAAUUUACUUGUAAUAUAAGUUUCAGGGAUUAAAAUUUAGAAUGCAAUGAAUUUGCUUG